UUACAAAAAUGUCUGCAAGUCUGGCUUUCAGUCUUAAGAAAGUAAACAAAGUUUAUCACGAAGGUGAAAUCAUAGCUGGUGUCGUGAUUGUGGACACUUCAACCGAUUUAAGACAUGAAGGUCUUACAUUGACAAUGGAGGGAUCUGUCAAUCUGCAGAUUAGUUCAAAAAAUGCAGGAAUCUUUGACACAUUUUCUAAUAACAUAAGGCCAAUAAAUAUAAUAAAUACCUCAAUAGAGUUAGCUCCAGCUGGGAAAAUUCCGACUGGAGUGACAGAAAUACCUUUUGAAAUGCCACUCGUAGCUCGACAGAGUUCUAUGAGCCUUGGACUGCUGGAGACGUACCACGGAGUGUUUGUGAAUGUAAUGUACACUCUCAAGUGUAGUAUGAAGCGAUCGUUCCUCAACAAACCACUCAAUGCUAGCUGCCAGUUCUUUGUGCAAUAUAAACACCAAGCGCGGCCGGCGCCCAAGCCGGUGCGCUGCGAGGUGUCGCCGGACACGCUGCGCGGCGCGGGCGCGGCGCCGCACUUCGCGCUGUACGCGGAGCUCGACUCCACCGUGUGCGCGCUCGACCGCCCCGUCACCGGCAAGAUCCGCAUAGACGAGUGUUCCGUUCCAAUAAAAUCGAUAGAGCUCCAACUGGUUCGCGUCGAGACGUGUGGCAGCGCUGAAGGGUUUUCCAAAGAUGCGACGGAGAUCCAGAACAUCCAGGUGUGCGAGGGCGACGUAGUCCGCGGCCGCGAGGUGCCGCUGUACAUGGUGCUGCCGCGCCUCUUCACCUGCCCCACCACCACCACGCCCUACUUCAAGAUUGAGUUUGAACUCAACAUUGCUGUGAUAUUCGAAGAUGACUAUUUAGUAACUGAAAACUUCCCAAUAUUAUUGUUAAGAUGUAAAUAGUAAGCAUUGGUUCACCAAUAAACGUUUUUAUAUGUUA